AUGCGAAUAUCAAGAUUAUGUGGUUCUGCAAAUCACUGUGCACGGAUAUCAACACGCAAAACCAUUUUCGGUGAUGUGAGAGAAUCUCGUAUUGUUUUUUGUAUUGACACUUCUGGAAGUAUUUACAAAGUGUGGGAUCAGAUUUGCUCUCAUAUUGUCGAACAUUUGUGCAAGAUGGCUAUAAACAACAAAGCCUUGUAUUUUAAUGUUAUAACAUUCGAUGACUAUGUCAAGCGCUUCCGAACGAAGCUGGUAGUAGCUUCUUACAUAAAUAUACAGGAGUUAAAUAAGUGGUUAAGAAGUGUAUGUUUUGGGACUAGCUGUUAUGUCUUUCCUGCGUUAUUGGCGUCUUACUCGCAUGUGGAUGCGGAAUGUGUAUUACUAGUCACAGACGGUUUACUGACUAAGGAAUUUUAUGAGAUACAACAAUUAUCCACAGUUUGCAACUCACGUCCCCUCUAUUUAACUCUUUUAAUGAAUAAUAUAAAUCCAAAUAACAGAGUUAUUGAACUGGCUUCUAAAUUAUUGAUGAUGACGUGUUGUUCGAAGAGCAGACUGAAUGUUAUUACAAUUGCUGUGAGUGGAUGUUUUGUCCAGCUUUCACCAAUUGAAUGGAGUAUCAGAGUUCCUUCAAAACUUUAUGGAUGCCCGAAUUCGUGCUAUAAGUUUGUGGUUGACAGUCUACAAAAAUUUCCAAACGAAAUCACAGGUGGAAUAUGUCCUGUUAAAAAUCCACAAACACAUAAUUUGACAUCUCAAGAAGCCAUGAAAGAUAGUGCUUGUCAAGUUUCGAACCCUUCAAGUGAAAAACUAUUAACAGACAGUUCCAUUCACCUCCCUAAGAUUAAUGAACAGCAAGUUCAAAGAAGUAAAUUGCUUGAAAUGAAUGACUGUCAAACUCAGACAAUUUCUGGCACGUCAGAAGAAGUAACUACAACAGAUUCAAACCAGUUUAUUACCUCUUCAUCUCAUACAAUGUAUGGUGAAGGUCAUAAUCAUAACUGUAUGUGCAAUUCGUGUCUUGCAUAUGAAUGUUCAGAGGAACAUGCUGGUAAUAAAUUCAAACGAAGCAGAUAUCGUGUCGCUAGAUCUUUCAUAAAUGGUCGCUCACAACUUGAUUGGUGGGCUGAUGAUAUUCGAAUAGCUCCUUCAGCUGGUGCUUUACUUCUGGGUCAUACUGUUUUGGCUCCAAAGUAUAACGAGGGUAGUCGGUUAUUUAUGGGUACUGUACUUUCACAGGUAGAUUACUGCACGUUUAUUAUCUGCUUUGAAGACCCUAAUUCAAAAAUAAAACAUCGUGAAAAUAUUCAAGAAACUCAUGUACAUGAACUACUAUCAUAUUUGGAUUUUCAUCGUCACCCUGUUGAUGCAGGAGAUUUUGUUCUUGUACCUCAGUGUAUAUCUAAUUGCAAGGAAUUGAAUCAUUCACAAAAGCAUUAUCUUAUUCCUUAUUAUGUUGCGAAAGUUUUAUCUGGUUAUGAAUCGCGUUCAUCGAUUAGAAACGUGUCAGAUAAACCUGUAAUGGUGGAAUUUGUCAAACAAGGAAAUAGUGAAACGAUUCCAAGUACCAAUUUUAAAAUUCCAUUCAACACCGCUAUAUGGAUACCUAAUGAUUUAUUUCAAAAGAAUUUCUUAUCAAGUAAAAUCCAGUGGGAAUUUACUCCCACCGAAGAAACAAAUAUUUCAGAUGCACAAACAGGUUGCACUUUCCCAAAUGGUACCAAUACUACUAGAUUAACAAACAGUGCAGAAAUACCAAACACUGGGAUGGUCAAAUCAAAUGAAAAUAUAUUACGACCAUUCAAUCAGUUAGCUCCAUUUUCUGUCGGUGGUGUUAUUAGCAAAAACAACUACACUAAUAAUGAUAAUGGAGAAACGAAGAUGAAUUAUGCAUAUACUAAAGAUCAAUUGGACCAGUUGAAGAGUGAAUUUAUUGAUUCAGAUUAUGCUUCAAGUAUGGACGAAGGUGGUAGCAGUAGUAAUCAUCAAAGAAAGAAAAGCUGCAAGUCAGAGUCAAAUAUCUUGUCUGAAGCAUUUCAUGAUUUUCAUUCAGAUAUUGCAAGUCGAUUUGUAGAGAGAAAAAGUUGUGAUGCAUCGAAAGGAGUCGUCGGACGUUCAUACGCGGUUGCCUGCAGAAUAUACAAACAGGUGAAAGAUGUUGCAACAUAUAUAGAUCCAGAACUGCAAUAUGGUAAAAUGUAUAUUAAAUGGGUUAAAGACCAAGUUAAGCCUAUGAAUCGUCCAGAAUGGCGGUACUGGGGGGCUAAGCCUAUACCACAACUAACUGCACCUCCAACAUUUGAACCUUUCAAAGAUACGUUUGCCUGGAGUAGGUCAGAUGGUUUAAAAACUACAGGUAAUAUUCUACGUCCAGAGAUUCAUUUCAAUAAAUUUUCAUCUAAUCGAAAAUCAACUGAUCAUUACAAUUCAAGAAACGUAGGGUUGUGGUUGAUGGACUCUUCACUUUCGAAUAAGGGUAUAUUGAAAAAGCAAUACUCAAGUUGUUCUAGCUUACCGAGAUUAAACAAUAACCGAAAUGUUGGUAGUAGUAGCAGUAGUAGUAAGGAUAUAAAUCGAAACACUAUGGACAGUAUUCGAAAUCCGAUGGAUUAUGACAGUGUGUGCCAUUCAUUACAUGAUAAUCAUCAGUUGCAUAUUCUUGGAUGUGACAAUCAAACUAAACGAGCCGAUUUUCCUGCAAGAAUUCGACCUAAAUUAAAUCUUCAUUAA